AUGCUCCACAUUCUCGUGCACAAUGCGAAUUUUGCGGCCGAGGGUAUUCGCGAAAGAUCACAGAUACCUAUGCUGAACAAGCCCGGCCGCCGACGAAAGGCUUGCGACAGCUGCGCGAAGAACCGAAUUGUCUGUAACGGUGGCUUAUCCUGCCAUUCAUGUCGGUCUCGAGGAACUCAUUGUUCCUACACCCGGCUUGAAGCUCACCCGAGUUCGCCAUCUGACUCACGACCAGAUACUUGUCGUGUAUCAACCAGGAGCCAAGCUAAUCGGAAUGGAGACAACGAGCCUGAAUUCCCCACGCCAAAAAUUUCUGUUCCAUUCUUACUGAACUACUCGGCCACGAGCAACCGCCAUCCGGGGGAGGUCAAUAACGUCCUCACAGCACUUGCAACUGCAGAGUCCAAAGAUAAGACGCGAGAUCCGGCCGUUCCAAGUUUACUCUUAGAGAAUGAUAGACCGGACCUGUUCUUUGAAGAGUCAUGGAAUCUUUUUUUGGGAUCUCACGAAGACCAAGCUCGCUGUGAAACACCUUUCUUGCCUCGUGGCUUGGAAGACGAUAACGAGUGUAAAAGCGCAGCGUCCCGAGUUCUUCAAUCCAUCACUUCUCGCCAUGCCGAUGCUAGUCAAGAUGCCUUGUACGACCGAGCGAAGAAAUUCCUCACGAAAGAAAAUAUACAUGACUUCGUCGUCGCUUACUUCGAUGGCACGGUUCGUCCACGAUCACGAAUUGUCUUGAAAUCCUUCUUCGACCUUUCCUCUACCUCUACACCUUUACUUUUGGCAAUGCUAUUGAUGGGAGCUAUUUGCGCAGGAUCCAAGGACGCGAAGUGCAACGCUAUAGAAUACGCGAAUAAGGCGGAGGUCAUUGUAUUUGACGAUCCCUCAUUUCAACGCCUUGUCUAUCAAAAGCGAGAAUCUAGACUUGAUAUGUUGGGGAAAAGUGAUAUUGAGAUCAUCCAAGCGGCAAUUCUGAUGAUUCUCAUCCAAAUAUCCAGUCCCGACUCAGAAAGCAGACGCCGUAUCCGAAUUCAUCGCUACCCUGCUUUGGUAUCCGUCGCGCGGGCUACUGGCCUCACGCAAAUAAAGAAUAUUUGGCAUGAUUCCGCUAUAUUCAGUCAUGAAGUAUUUCUUGGAAACGAACUCAGCAUUAGGAUGAUGGCAUCUAUCGCCAUGAUCGAUACGCACUUUAUCAUGUUUUUCAAUAGCCCACCGCUCCUUUCUCCCUUCGAACUUGGCUUUGACCUUCCGGCCGAAGAUGCCGGGGUAGAUAUCUCGGACACUUCGACCUGGGAGGAGUGGGUCACAAACCAAAGGAAGUAUCAGCGACCUCCGCCUUUGAAUCAAUUUAUCCAAGAGCUUCUAUCCGACAACUGGGCUGGAAAGGAAGACACGAGCUUCCAGAAUUUGAACGUAUUUGCUCUGUUCAUAGUUAUAUCAAGUACGACUCUCAAUUUUACCCAUAAGCAGGACUUGUAUGACUUGAAGCUAACUGCCUAA